AGAUAAUCUUGCCACAGCGUCGUGCGUAGCGCCUUCCCCGUUGCUCGCUGAUCGUAUCUACCCAUCAGUUAUCGAAAUCGCCGCCUGAUCAUCCAUUCGAUGGAGGACGCCAAGCUCAAGGAGCUGCAGGAGCUCAAGAAGCAGCGGCAGAAGGAGCUCGCCGAGAAGAAGAAGCUCCUCGACGACCUCAAGAAGAAACAGCAGGACAAACUCAGACAGAAUGCAGGAAAGGGCGACAAACACGCGGCCACGGCGCCGAUGGACGAGCUGCUCGAGGAGAUCCUCUCGGCCCCGCCGGUGUUCAAGAAGGACGAGGCGGCCGCCCUUGCGGCACCUGCCAAGGGGGACAAGGGGGCGGGCAAGGCCGGUACUGGCGCGGGCGGGGCGGCGGGCAAAGGCGGCGUCAGGCUGGGCAGGUCGCCCAACGUCGCCGAAGUGCACAUACAGCCAAAGGUAACCAUUCGCACACAUCACACGCACACACACACACACAUACACACACACAUCCCGCCAUGUGUGUGUGUGUGUAGGUAGUGGAUGCGUACGAGAAGGCCACGCAGGCUGACAUAGAGGGGGACCACCACCCGCGGGUGCGCGAGGGCGGGGAGGAGGAGGGCGAGGGCGAGGGACUCGACGACCUCAAACCCCCCACACACGGCGGACACGCACCCCCGCCAAAGGGCCGCGAACGCAGGAGCUCCGUCGUGUCGGUCAGCCAGUGAUUUACCCAACCACCCCAUUCCCCAACACACGCACACACACACGAGAUGGUGUUGCUGUGUGUGAUGUGUGUGUUUGCAGGCGCAGAAGUUCCGUGAGGCUCACGCCAAGGCUGGUGACAAGCACGUGCACCCCCACCCGCCGCCGUCUGGCGAGGGGGAGGAGGGCGAGGGCGACCACGCCAAAAAGGAAAUCGAGAAACACGGUAAGUCUGCCGUCAGACAGACAGACAGACAGACAGUUGGUUGCGUCGCAGAGUUGCCCGAUGAGGACCGUCAGAAGAUCCUGACCAGCACUGACUUCGCGGACUUCUUCAACAAGACGUCUAGACUGGUCAGGGAGAGGGAGAGGGAGAGAGGCACUCACUCAACCGACACGUUCGCAAUACGGGUGUGUGUGUGUGUGUCACAACCAACAGGUAGAGCGUGCGCUGGGUGCUCAGUUUGACAUCUUAGUGGACUACUCAGGCGUCGCUGCAGAGGAGGGCAACGAGUGAGUCAGCUACCAAACCAAACCAGACCCAGCCACACACACAACGCUCAACCUGCUGUCGUCAUAUGUAUGGUUGUGCGUGUGUAUGGCUGGUCCGACUGGUCAGCAUGGAGGGUGUGGAGAAGGUGAAGCGUCACGAGACCUACCGGGACGACAAGUGGACGCAGGGCAGGUGCGUCACCUCCGUCUGCAACUCGCCUAAGGUCAGUCAGUACGGUGGUGGCAACCACACGCACACACACCCUAACACACGCCCAUCUCUCUCCCUCUCUCUCUCUCUGUGUGUGUGUGUGUGUGUGUGCAGUUCCCCGAGUUGUUUAUGGCGUCCUACGGGCAGCGUGAGAACGCCGCACCCACAGACCCCGACGGAUGUGUCCUGGUACACACACAUGGACACACAGACAGACACACGCACACACGAACGAACCAACUUACUUUGCCCCAUGUCACGGACACUUUGCACAUGUGUUUUGUUUUGUGGAGGUAUGGAGUUUGCCCAUGACUCAGCGGCCGGAAUACGUCUUCACCUGCCAGGUCACACACGCACAGAGAGAGAGAGAGAGAGAGCGAUGACGGCAUGUGUGUCCCCAUGUGUGUUGUGUGUGUGUUGCACACAGAGUGCUGUGUUGACGGCGUGUUUCGACAAGUUCCAGCCCCACCUGGUGAUCGGCGGCACCUACUCGGGCAGUAUCGUCCUCUGGGACACACGCGCAAAGGUAAAGGAGUUAGCACCACCCACCACACCAUCUGUCCAUCUGUCCAUCUGUGUGUCUGUGUGUCUCUCUCUGUGUGGUCAGGCUGGGCCCAUUCAUCGCACGCCCCUGUCCUCCAGGGGCCACGCACACCCGGUCGGUCACUGAGGGAGGGAGGGACGGAGCGAGGGAAGGAGGGGCAACGGUCAUUCCGUCCGUCCGUCGUUGCGUGCUGCUUUUGUCACAUUGCCUGCAGGUGUACUCGAUGGCGUUGGUCGGCACCCAGAAUGCUCACAACCUCAUUAGCGUCUCCACAGGUGCGUGGGAGAGAUGAUGUGAUGUGUGGGCUCAUCUCUCGCCGUCCGCUUAUCUAUAUCUCUCUCUCUGUGUGUGUGUGUGUGGCUGACCGUCAUGGCAGAUGGCCGUCUGUGCGUGUGGUCCCUGGGCAUGCUCGUCCACCCACAGGCACACACACCCCCACUCACACCCAUUCAUCGCCCAACCAUCCCUGGGUGUUGCGCGCGCGCGCGUGUGUGUGUGUGUGCAGGAGUUUAUCGAUUUCAAGAAGGGCAACCGUGACGUGUCGGUGACCUGCAUGGCCUUCGAGGAGGGAGAGACCAACGUACUCAUGGCAGGUCAGACCCUCACACACAGGCACACCGCACCGACAAACACACACCUGAUGCUGGGCGUGUGUUUGUGUGUGUGUGUGAUGGUGUCUGCAGGUGCUGAGGACGGCAGCAUAGUGCAGGCACACAUACACGGCACGUACGUGACACACAUACACACACACACACACAGAGAGAGAGAGAGAGAGAUCCGUCAAUCCCUCCCCAUGGGCGUGGCCAUCUAUGUGUGCAGCAAGGUAGGUGUGACUGAGGCGUUUGAGGGCCACGACGGGCCCAUUACGGGGGUCGACUACCACCCCAUCGGAGAGGCCGCAUCGCACGGAGCCGACUUCUCGGGUCAGUCGCCAAGACACAAAAGAACGAGACACAGAUGGCUGGAUGGCGUCUGUGUGUCAGAUUUGUUGUUGUCGACAUCGUUUGACUGGACGAUUCGCCUGUGGAGCCCCAAGCACCACUCGCAGUGCCUGCACUCGUUCGAGGUGUCCGAGGACUACGUAUACGACGCUAAAUGGUACGGCACGCCCUGACGCACACACACAUGGAUGGAUGGAUGUGUGUGUGUGGUGGCUGCAGGCACCCACACCACCCUGCAGUGUUUGCUUCGGUUGACGGUGAGGGCAACCUCGACGUGUGGGACCUCAACAAAGACCUAGAGGUAGGUCAGGGGGUAUCCAUCACGUCAAUCCACACCACAGGCAUGGUCACCUGAAGCGCGCGCGCGCGUGUGUGCGUGCGUGUGUAGUCUCCCCAUGUACGGGUCAACUCUGGGGAGUCCGCCAUGAACCACCUCUGCUGGUCACCGGACGGUCAGUCAGAACACACACCCACACACAGGCCAUUAAUUAGUUGACACGCCUUCGUUGUGUGGCGUCACGUCACAUCAGGCCGUCGUUUAGUGAGCGGCACGUCGGAGGGCAUCAUCGCCGUAUGGAACGUAGACAAGGAGGUCAGUCAGUCCAGCGAGAGAGACAACAACACACAUGGAUGGCCAUAUGGUUGAUAGCCAUCCAUGCCACCCAUGCCGUGUGUCGUGUCAGUUGACGACCCCCAAGCCGGAGGACUGGGCGCGGCUGGAGGAGCAAAUCAUGGACCUCAAACCGUAAGGAACGGACACGCCACCAUACGCACCGACACAGACACUCUCCAAUGUGCGGUUUGUUGUGGUGUCGUUCGGUUGCAGUGCGGACGCCGGCGCGGGCACGGUUGGCACCGGGUGAGUGAGCGGAGGACACAGAGGGGAAGGAAAUCUAUCAAUCCUCUCAUGGGAUGUCGUGUGCUGUGGUUUGCUGUGUUGUGUUGUGUUGUCAGAGUGGGUGUGGGUGCGCCUGUGGGCGGCAAGCUGGCCAUAGAUAGCAAGGCCAAGGACAUUCUUGGCGAGAAGUGAAAUGAAUGAUGGUCGAUCCGUCGUCCACGAUCCACCAACCAACCACACACACACAAAGGGAUGGGUAGCUGGACGGCUGGCUGCAGUGGGUUGAUCG